AUGAAGACAUAUGGAGAACGUGCCAUAAACCUGCCUAACAAGACAGCACAAGAUUUAUUUACACUUAUGGAACGUAAAAAGUCCAACCUUGCAGUAGCACUUGAUGUGACAACCAAACAAGAAUUCCUUGAUAUUGCAGACAAAGUUGGACCGUAUAUCUGUUGUUUGAAAACACAUGUUGAUAUAUUGGAAGACUUUGAUCAAGAUCUUAUUGAUAAACUUAAAAAGUUACAAAAGAAGCAUGAUUUUAUAAUCUUUGAAGACAGGAAAUUUGCAGAUAUUGGUAAUACAGUAAAACAUCAAUAUUCCAAGGGCAUUUAUAAAAUCGCAGAAUGGGCGGAUAUUAUAGAUGCUCACGCAAUACCUGGAGAUGGUAUUAUCUUAGGAUUGAAAGAAAUUGGAUUACCUUUAAAGCGAGGAUUAUUGCUUCUUGCAGAGAUGUCUUCAAAAGGAAAUUUGGCAACAGGGGCUUACACAGAAGCCACAAUUGAAAUGGCUAAAAGGCAUAAAGAUUUUGUGAUCGGGUUUAUUUCUGGAAAAAAAUAUAAUUCUUGUGAAGAAUUAAUUGUUAUGACGCCAGGAGUUUCUUUAGAUAAUUCUAAUGAUGAUUUAGGACAACAAUAUAAAACACCUAGAAAUGUCAUUGAAAACGGUAGCGAUAUUAUUAUUGUAGGGCGUGGAAUUUAUGGAAAAGGUAAAGAUCCGGUCGUUGAAGCACAGCGAUACAGAAAUGCUGGAUGGAAUGCUUAUUUAGAAAAAUUAGAAAACUAA